CCUUGGUUAAAACAGACGAAGAGGUCAAUGUAUCAUGCUGUGUCGGACUUUCCUAACAGGAUCAUUAUAAUAUACAUAUUAAAACAAACAUGGCAUCUAACGAAAUCAAGAAAAGAAGAAAAAGGGGGCCUUACAGGAAAGACGAUGUUUCAAAUUUGUCAUUUGAGGAAAAUGCUGCCGUGGAAAAUCUCGAGUUUCGUCUGGAAUAUGAUCAGAACAAUGGUGAUGAUGAUAAUUUAACCCUUAGUCUUGAUGCUGAUGUUUUUAUGGCUCCAGAGACUAUGCAGGACAAACACGAUAAAGAAGAAAAGGCUGAGGAAGUCUCUGAACUACACUUACACAAACAAAAUGAAAACGAAAGAUUUGAAAUGGUCUGUAGUGACUCUAAUGAUGUUACCCGGGACGCUCAUACAAUUGAAUUUCAAGAAGAAGAUGUACUCAAAUCAGAGAGGGCAUCUUGCAAUCCAGAAGAAGAUAUGUCUGACCUGACAUUAAUCCAAUCAGACAAUGAUUUUGAUAAUUUUAUAAGCAUCAAUGAUGAAGAAGAAAUGCAUUUUUAUAGUGAUGAUUCUGACAUUGAAAUAGACAAUACUAUAGGUAAUGAUUCUUCCGAAUAUGGAAAUAUAGAGAAUUCAGAUACUUUUGACGAAGAUAUGGAGCCUUUGUAUCCUGGAUCAUCUGUUACAGUUGGUGCAUUUAUGCUGCUGAUAACUAUUUUUUGCAUGAAGCAUAAUCUUGUUGGAGAUGGCAUUUUACAGCUUCUAAAUAUAAUAGCUUUCAUUCUUCCCCCUGGACAUCAACUUUGUACAAGUCUUCAUGAAUACAAGAAGUAUUUUCAGAAUCUCAAAAAUCCUAUAUGCAAACAUUUUUAUUGCAAUCAUUGUCUUGGAAUUAUCGUAAACGAAAAUGUGCUGGUUUGUCCUUAUCCAGGAUGCAACAAAACAUUAACUAAAGAUAUGAAGAGUUAUUUUAUUGAGAUACCAGUUGAAUCACAAGCACAAAACCUUUUUUCACAACAAGGAUUCUAUAACAAAUUACAGAAUCGUUUUACUAGUUCUGAGACAACUGAUAGUGCCACUUACAAAGACAUAUCAGAUGGAUAUUUAUAUCAAUUAUACACUGAAAAUGAUGGACCCUUAAGUCAGCCAGAAAAUAUUUCCUUUACCUUUAACACUGAUGGUGCUCCAGUCUUUAAAAGUAGUAAAGUUUCUGUUUGGCCAUUAUUUAUGGUAAUCAAUGAACUUCCAUACAAACUACGGAUGAUGAAAGAAAACAUGAUUUUAGCUGGUCUUUGGUUUGGUAACCAAAAGCCAUCCAUGAGCACUUUCCUCUCACCUUUCUUAGAUUCAUUCAAGAAGUUAAACAAUGGCAUUAAUUGUUUCUCUCCAGAGCGAGGAAACUUUAUAAGCAAAGCUUAUUUAUUAUGUGGUACUGCUGACCUACCUGCAAGGUGCAUGUUAUGUAAUGGUGUACAAUACAAUGGAAGUUAUUCAUGUUGGAAAUGUAUGCAGAAAGGUGAGACAGCAAAAAGUGGGAAAGGACAUGCACAUGUUUUUCCCUUCAUUCAAGACAAUCCCAAAGGUCCACAAAGAUGCAGAGAAAAUGUCAUCGAAGAUUCGAGAAAUGCUUUACAAAAUAUGGAAAACAAAUCAAAAGUCAUUGCAGUGAAUGGAAUUAAAGGUCCAUCGUGGCUAACAUUUUUCCCAUUGUUUAAUAUAAUAGAUGGAAUAGCUAUAGAUUAUAUGCACGGUGUAUUGUUAGGUGUAAUGAAAUUAAUGCUAAAAUUAUGGUUUUCCCCACAACUCAAGAACAAGGUUUUCAGUAUUCAUAAUCAUAUUGCUGACGUUGAUAAAAAACUGCAAAGUAUUCGCCCAACAUUGAAUAUAACUCGUUUACCUAGGUCUAUUGAAAAUGAUUUGAAAUACUGGAAAGCUAAUGAAUAUAGAUCAUUUUUAUUGUAUUAUAGCCUUCCUGUCUUACAUGGUACACUUGACAAUACUAGAUUUAAUCAUUUUGCUCUUCUUGUAAAUGCUAUACAUAUUCUAUUAAAGAAUGGUUCAACUAAAAAUGAAAUUAUGAGAGCUGAAUCAUUCUUGAUGGAAUUUAAUUCUUAUUUUGAACAAUUGUAUGAUAUAUGUUAUAUGACUUUAAAUGUUCAUCAGCUUGUCCAUCUGGCAGAUAGUGUUAAAUGUCUAGGACCAUUGUAUACUCAUAGUUGUUUUUCCUUUGAAGAUAAAAAUGGUUACUUGUUAAAAAUGAUUCGUGGAACUCAAAAUAUUGAUAAUCAAAUCAUUACUGGUGUGUCAUUUGUGCAAAAAAUUCCUGAACUAAAGCUAAAAUUCAUUGUAGAGGGAACUGAAUUGGACAAAUUGUACAAGUCAAUUGAAUCCCCAAAUAUCUUAAAAAGAGGGGAAAUGAUAACACAAGGAAUUUAUAUUUUGGGCAGUAUUAAAAUGAGAACACUAACAAAACAUGCAUUAGAUGCAUUAUGUAAAUAUUUGGAUUUUGCACCGCCAAAUGAUUAUUUUGCAACCUUUAGGCGAAUUGAAAUGAAUGAUAACUUAGUUUAUGGUAUGGAAUAUGCAAGAAUGACUAAAAGAGAUAAUUCAGCCAUUAUGUUUAAACACAAUGGAAAAGUAUGUUUUGGAAGAGUGUGCUUUUUUAUAAGACUAGAUUGUAUAGAGCAGAGAGCAAACACAGUUGUAGCAUAUACUGAAUGUUUAAAGUGUGUAAAUUAUUCUGACCAUAGUGGUAUUUUGUCCGUCAAGAAGACUGAAAUAACGCAAUGUGUACCUAUUGCUAACAUUAUUGAGAGUUGUAUGUAUGUAUCACCUGAGGGUUCAAAAACAUCUUAUAUUUGUCGCUUUCCAAAUAGGCUAGAGUCUGACUGAUAUUUAUUUAAAUAAUUUAAUGUACAUAUAUUAAUAUUUUGUAACAUGGCUUCAUCACUAAUUAUCAUGGACAGUUUAUUUUUAUAUUUCUUGUACGUAUGUACAUAAUGUUCAUGUUGGAAAUUAAAAAAAUAUCUUACAUGUAAGACUUUUUGCAUGAUUUUUAAUCAUGACCAUGUAGAUAUUUUUGUUCCAUUGUCUAUUUUUGGCUAAGGCUAAGCUAAGGCAUGAAGCUUAUACCCUCAUUCAUUUGUAGUGUGGAAAGCUCAUAUGAAAGAAUUUAAGAAAAAUACAAAAUGUAUAUGACAAGUUUAUUUUUUUUAUUAUUCAAAUGGCAAUGCAAGUUUUGUAAAGGAGAUCAUGAAGAUGGUCAUGAUGGUUAGUCUCCGAUAUUUGUCAUGUACAAAUGUAACAAUUUCAUUCAAAGUUGUUUUAUCAAAGAUAAUAGAUAAAAUAGAUACAUUGUACAUAUAUAACUAUAAGUAUAAGGUAUAAUAUUUUAUAUUUCUUUUUGUUUGACAAUAGAGAUUGACUGGUGUGAACUAGUAACAUGUAUAAGUUAUACAUAUAUAUAUCCAAACGCUUAGUUGUAAUAGUAAAACUAGUUAUUGUUAUUAUGGAUUUAAAUACAUUAGUUAUAUAUGCACAUGAAAUCCUUAGGUGGUUUAAAGGCUUGGGUUCCGUUAUUUUUUAUACAAAAUGUUUGAGGUUUCAGUUCAUUAAAAGAACUUGCAGUAACUACAAAGUACAGUUUAUUGUCACAUAUACAUGGUUAUGAUGAUUAUGGAUCAUAUAGAGUUGAGUUAAUUUAUAUAGCAUGUACGGUAAUAAUAAUGUUUUGGACAUUUUAUUUUCUUGUAUGCAUGUCAAUUUGAUAAUAAGUGUAAUUCAUUUAUUUUAUAAUAUUAUGUAAUUAAACAUUGUUUGCAAGAGAAAAGAAAUAGUUUAUGCAAGCAACCAAACCUA